AUGAAGAAAAUGGCUAAUUAGAGUGAGAAAUCUAAUGAUCUUGAAGAGGAUUAUAAAAAUUUAAUGGAAUCCUUUGAAAUAUAUAUUUCACUACUCUCCUUCACUUAAAAUUUGAUUAAUUCAUCUGAUUUACUUAGAGAGGAUAGGAAUUGUGAUUUUAUUGAAUAAAAAUAUACCAAAAUUCUCCACCCUCCUCUUAAAUUCCAAAAAUAAUCUAUUGCUUAUUGCAUGCUAAAAUAAAUUAAUUUAAAUAUACUGAAGGUAAUUAUGAAAUGA